UCCUGGAGCAGGGAGGACCCAAGAAGAGAGCGAAAGAUUGAACAGGUCCCGUAACCCCAAACACAGAGAGAGAAAGAGAGAGAGAGAAGAGGGAGCUGUCACUUCUGGCGUGGGAGAAGAGAAUACAUUUUUUAAAAAAUUGUUUAAUUCUUAAGAAAGAACUGACUGCACUAUCAAUGCUUCCCGCCUCACAGAGGAUUGCUGAGUAAACCCAGCCAUAGGCAAGACUUAAGUAUGCCGAUCUUUGGGCACAGAACAGAGACCUGCCUUCUCCUGGCCUUUGUAGCGGUGACAGUUCAUUUCAUCGGCAAGGCACAGGGUCAAGUUGCCUCCCCAACAAGAUUAAAGUUUACUAUAGUGUCUCAGGACAGUGUUAAGAUUACAUGGAAAGCCCCUAGGGGGAGAUUUCAGGAAUACAGAUUAACUGUGACGCCAGUUGUAGGUGGAAAAACCCAGGAAUUAAGCUUACUGAAGGGCGAAACAGCAGCAGUGGUGCAAGGCCUGCUCCCAAACCAGGAAUACAUGGUGCAGCUAUUCGCCAUCGGCAGCAACAACAAAGCGAGUUCACCAGCUCAGGGGCAAUUCACAAUGAAGGCGUCACGAAGCAGAGGUAGACCUGGUUCACCUCACAUGCCAAAACACAGAAAGGAUUCGGAGUCCCGUGGCAGAGAUAAGGUGACCAACGAAGUUGCAGGCUCCCAGUUUAUGUGCAAGUCGCCAGCUAUCGCAGACAUCGUGGUCCUCGUGGAUGGUUCCUGGAGUAUCGGCCGACUUAAUUUCCGCCUUGUCCGGUUGUUUUUGGAGAACUUGGUUAGUGCUUUCAAUGUAGAUUCUGACAAAACAAGAAUAGGGUUGGCUCAGUACAGUGGGGACCCAAGGAUAGAAUGGCACCUGAAUCAACACAGCACAAAGGAAGCUGUACUGGAUGCUGCCAGAAAUCUUCCCUAUAAGGGCGGGAACACUCUUACAGGUCUGGCCUUAACGUAUAUCCUCGAGAAUAGCUUUAAGCCUGAAGCUGGGGCCAGAGCUGGUGUGCCGAAGAUUGGAAUAUUAAUCACUGAUGGGAAAUCUCAAGAUGACGUCCUUCCACCAGCUAAAAGUCUACGUGAUGCUGGCAUCGAGCUCUUCGCUAUUGGCGUGAAAAAUGCAGAUGUGAAUGAGCUCAAGGCAAUCGCCUCAGAGCCAGAUGAGACACAUGUCUACAAUGUGGCUGACUUUAAUAUCAUGAACACAAUCAUUGAAAGCCUCACUAAGACGGUGUGCUCCCGUGUGGAAGAACAGGACAAAGAAAUAAAAGAAGCAACUGAAAGUGUGAGCUCAAACCCCGUGGCGCCCACAAACCUCGUUACAACUGAUGUAACAGCGCGGAGUUUCCGCGCCAGCUGGUCACACGCUCCCGGGAAAGUGGAAAAGUAUCGUGUCGUUUAUUACUCUACCACCGCCGGUCAGCCAGAAGAGGUGGUUGUGGACGGAACGGAGUCGACAGCUGUCAUUCAGAAUCUGAUGUCCCUGACGGAGUAUCAACUCGCAGUGUUUGCCAUCUACGAGAAGGCAGCCAGCGAGGGCUUACGUGGGGUCGUAACCACAUUGGCACUCCCUGCGGCUGCUGACCUGGAUAUCUAUGAUGUGACGCACAGCAGCAUGAGAGUCAAAUGGGAACCUGCUGAAUCUGCCACUGGCUACAUGAUACUCUAUGCUGCGCUCACCGGGGGCGAGACUGCUGACGAGAAAGAGAUGAAGGUGGCCAGUUCAGUUACGGACAUAGAACUGGAGGGAUUGUCCACAAACACGGAAUAUACAGUGACUGUCUACGCCUUGUACGAUGAUGAGGCGAGCGACCCAUUGACUGGACAAGAAACAACACUGCCACUCAGUCCUCCCCGAGAUCUGGAGUUCUCAGAAGUUGGGCACAGCACUGCCUGGGUCACCUGGGAGGGAGAUUCAAAGAAAAUUCGUGGGUAUCGGGUCAUGUAUGUGAAAACUGAUGGGGCAACAAUAAGCGAGGCUGAAGUUGAAGAGUCGACAUCAAUUUUCUUAAGUAACCUGACAUCACUUACAGAGUACACAGUUGCCGUUUUCUCAGUUUACGAUGAGGGACAGUCGGACCCGGUCACAGGCAGCUUUACCACCAAGAAAGUCCCAAAGCCCCUGGACUUAAUAGUCAGCGACAUUACUGAGGACGAGUUCCGAGUUAGUUGGAAACAUUCUGCUGAUGAUGUUACCCUAUACAGACUGGCUUGCACUCCCCUGAGUGGUGAAGAAGCAAAAGAGUUUGUUUUGAGUGGGGACACAGACACGAUAGUUCUUGAUGAUUUAUUGCCUGGGACGGAGUAUGAAGUUUCUCUCUCUGCGAUUUACAGCGAUGAGACAGAGAGCGAUGUCGUGGCAGUUCUUGAGACUACACUUCAGCGGAUAAUCACAACAACAGAAGCUACAACGACAACUCAGAGGCCAACGACUGCAGUUAUUCGAUCUGGAAUAAGAAACCUGGAUGUGGGCGAUGAAACCACAUUUAGCCUACAUGUGUCCUGGGACCCUGCUGACUCCUUCGUUACACAGUACAGAGUGUCCUACGUAACUCUUAAAGGAGAUCGGGCAGAAGAAGCGGUAAGCAUGGUGGUAGUUCCUGGGAGACAGAAUGACCUCGUGCUCCAGCCUCUACUCUCGGACACUUGGUAUAGAAUUUCUGUGACACCACUCUAUGCCAGUGGAGAAGGCAGCACUCUCGUUGUUAAUGGCAAGACGUUGCCACUUUCUGGACCAUCCAACCUGCGUGUCUCAGAGGAAUGGUACAAUCGUUUCCGAAUUAGAUGGGACCCUCCACCAUCAGCAACAAUGGGCUACAGAGUGGUUUACACAUCUGCCUCGGCACCAGGUCCUACACUGGACACGUUCGUGGGAGAUGAUGUGAACACAAUGGUAAUCCUCAACCUGCUGAGCGGCACUGAAUAUAUCGUCAAACUCUUUGCCACAUACUCCACUGGCUCCAGUGACGCACUCAUUGGAAGAGCCAAGACGUUGUACCUCGGCGUGACAAAUCUUACCCCGUACCAAGUCCGAAUGACCAGCAUGUGUGCACAUUGGCAGCUGCAUAGACAUGCCAUGACCUACAGAAUAGUCAUUGAAUCUCUCCGAGAUGGAAAGAAAGAAGAGGUGGUUGUCGAUGGAGGCACUUCCCACCAUUGUUUCUACAACCUCAUUCCAAACAGCAAGUACAAAAUCAGCGUCUAUUCACAGCUGCAGGAAAUAGAGGGACCAGCCGUGAGCAUACUAGAGGCAACAGCUCCAGUUCCGACUGAGCCGUCAGCUCCUCCUACAACAACAACCCCAUUGCCCACAAUCCCUCCUGCUCGAGAAGUUUGCAAAGCUGCCAAAGCUAACUUGGUGUUCCUCGUGGAUGGAUCGUGGAGCAUCGGGGAUGAGAACUUCAUCAAGAUCAUCGGGUUCCUAUACAGUACGAUCGGAGCUCUGGACAAGAUCGGCCCUGAAGGAACCCAAGUUGCGAUAGUACAGUUCAGUGAUGAUCCCAGGACAGAAUUUCAACUCAACUCGUACAGUGACAAAGAAAAUCUCCUCAAUGCUGUCCAACGCAUUCGAUACAAGGGUGGAAAUACCAAGACAGGCAGAGCUAUCAAACAUGCCAAGGAUGCUGUCUUCACUGUAGAGGCGGGACUACGGCGAGGCAUUCCCAGAGUCCUGGUGGUAAUUACGGAUGGUCGAUCGCAAGAUGACGCUGACAAGAUUUCCAAGGAGAUGCAGCUUGAUGGUUACAGCAUCUUUGCAGUAGGUGUUGCUGAUGCUGAUUACUCAGAGCUUAUCAACAUUGCGAACAAACCCAGUAACAGGCACGCAUUCUUCGUGGAUGAUUUCGAUGCCUUCAAGAAGAUAGAAGAUGAACUCGUUACCUUUGUCUGUGAGACAGCAUCUGCAACUUGUCCGCUGGUCCAACUUGGCGAUCACAGUAUUGCAGGGUUUAAGAUGAUGGAGAUGUUUGGACUGAUUGAGAAGGAGUAUGCUUCUGUUGAAGGGGUGUCGCUGGAGUCUGGCUCAUUCAAUACUUUUCCUUGUUUUAGACUUCACAAAGAUGCUCUUAUAUCGCAACCAACCAGGAAUGUCCAUCCUGACGGACUGCCUUCUGAUUACACCAUCACCUUCCUGUUCCGCCUGUUGCCUGACACUCCGCAAGAGCCCUUCGCCCUCUGGGAGAUUCUAAACAAGCAGAAUGAGCCUCUGGUUGGAGUCAUCUUGGACAAUGGUGGGAAAACCCUCACUUAUUUUAACUAUGAUUACAAGAAUGAAUUUCAAACUGUCACUUUUGAGGAUCCAGGCGUUAAGAAGAUUUUCUUUGGGAGUUUUCAUAAGGUGCACGUGGUUAUCACUAAGACCAACGCAAAGCUGAUUGUUGACUGCAAACAAGUAGGCGAGAAGGACAUCAAUGCAGCAGGAAACAUUACCACCAAUGGGGUUGAGGUGUUGGGCCGAAUGGUGCGGUCAAGGGGCCCAAGGGAUAAUUCUGCACCAUUCCAACUGCAAGGAUUUGAUAUUUCCUGUUCCACUUCCCAUGCAAACAGGGACAAGUGUUGCGAACUUCCUGCUCUGAGGGAUGAAAGUAAUUGCCCUUCUCUUCCACAUGCCUGCACUUGUUCUCAAGACAGCAAGGGACCAGCUGGACCCCUAGGACCUCCGGGUGGUCCAGGUUUGAGAGGCCCGAGAGGAGUGAAAGGAGAACCAGGUCAAAGGGGACCUGAAGGGCUCCGUGGUGAGAUUGGACCCACUGGCCUGCAAGGGCAACCUGGACCCCAGGGACCAAGUGGACUUUCAAUUCAGGGACUGCCGGGCAGCAUUGGUGAAAAGGGUGAGAAAGGAGAUAUCGGACCCCUUGGUCACCAGGGGAUCCCAGGAGGGCAAGGAAGACCAGGACGUGAUGGCUCAGCAGGUCAAAGGGGUCCUGUUGGUAAAGAUGGUCCUAUAGGUGUACCUGGACCAGCUGGGCCGGUGGGAACUCCAGGUGUCCCAGGCUCUCCUGGUGUGACAGGGAGCACAGGUCCCCAGGGUGACAUUGGACCUCCUGGUCCAGCCGGUCAGAAGGGAGAGAGGGGUCCGAGGGGUGAUACCCAAUCACAAAAUUCCGUUCGUAUGAUAGCUCAACAGGUGUGCGAGCAACUCAUUCAGAGCCACUUGUCAAGGUACAACUCCAUCCUGAACCACAUUCCCAGCAACUCAGUCCAGGUGCGGGCAGCUCCAGGGCCUCCAGGAGAGCCUGGCCGUGAUGGGCCUGCAGGUCCUCCAGGAGAACAAGGACCUCAAGGCCGCCCAGGAUUCCCUGGAAACCCAGGCAGCCCCGGCAGGCCAGGAGAAAGAGGUUUACCAGGUGACAAAGGAGAACGUGGAGUUCAAGGUCUCGGCAAACAGGGACCGAGAGGACCACCAGGAACACCAGGUCCCCCAGGUGAAGGACGAACAGGUAGUCAAGGAGCACCAGGCCUCCCAGGAAGACAGGGUAGUACAGGACGUACAGGAACUGGUGGUCCAAGAGGACCACCUGGCCCACCCGGAUACUGUGAUCCAUCUUCCUGCGCUGGCUACAAUAUUGGAGGUGGAUACAGUGGUCCAACCAAUCAAGACAUUCCUGUAGUACAAUUGCCUUCAAACUCCUACCAAACCUAUGGCCCUUACGAUGAGCAAGAUCCAUACAUAUAUCAUGGGACCUACCCCUACCCAAACCCAUACUCCCAGCCCUCCUAUCCUGAGCCUCUUCCUGUGCCACCGGAUGAUCAUUAUGAAGAGGGGGAGCCAGAAGAAUUGGAGGCUGUAGAAGUCCGGUCGCCUGGAAUCAGACGGUUUGUGAGGAACCUAUCAAAACGGAGCAGUACCUCUUCAAACACAAGGGAGCAGAACCAGUAAAAGAGACUUGUAAAUGUAGCGUAAAAGCUUUACGUUCUUUACGCCUAUCAAAUGGCCAAAGGAUAUGGUGGAUUCAGUUUAGUAGAUUAUAAACUGAGACCUCUGCAGAGAUGGGUUUUUAAUAAUGAAACAGUUACCCUGAUAGAGAAGCCAAGCAUGAGUAUUGGGUAUGAAAUUUAUGAUGUAGACUUAUUGAAGCGUUUAUGCCAUUAAUUGAUGAUUAAUUUUUUUUUAAAAAUUGCCUGCGAUGUCAAAAUAUUUCAGUAGUAAAAAAUGUUGACUGAUUAUUUCAAAUGACUAAUCUUAUUGAAGAUUAGUUGGGUGCUACUAUACCAGUUCUGUGUUAUACUGAGCAUAAACUGUUGUGUUUUCCUUUCUGUAACAAUUCUGAUUGUAUUAAAUUAAUACAAAUUGGAAUGAUGCAGUCAUUUAUGUUCCACUAAAGCAACCAAAUUGGUAAAGAAAAUGUCACAAAGUCACUGAAUUUGUAUGCACUUAAACUGAUUCAAAACCAGGGCAAUGGGUUUCUGUCUGUUGGCCACGUAUAAGAGUUGUCAAAACAAAAGCUUCCAAAGCAAUGCAGGAGAUGUACAUUUAUGAAUGGGAAUUUUCGCUUGUUACCAGGUGAAACCAUUUAAAUGAAGACAUGAAUGUUUUUCAUGCCGUACCUGUUCCACCCAAUUAGCUCUUAAUGGAAUCUAGCCAGUAAUUUAUUUGGAUGAGAUGAUCGUUGUUCAAAUGAAUAAGUCAAUAAAAGCAAAGAAGUACCAA